CUCUGCUGUGCCCUAAAAUGACAAUAGCAUCUUUGAAUUGCUAAAAAUUAUUUUGGGUCAUACAUACAUCUUCAAACCCCAUUCCAACAAAAAACACAGAAAAUCAAAGACUUCCAUAUUGACUCAACAUGGUUCGUUUGAGAGAGGGGCUUAGUUUUCUUUUCAGUAACCGAUGGCUGGUGUUUGUGGCAGCAAUGUGGAUACAAUCGUGUGCGGGGAUUGGGUACCUUUUUGGGAGUAUAUCGCCGGUGAUAAAGAGCUCUUUGAACUACAAUCAGAAGCAGAUUGCGAGGUUGGGUGUGGCUAAGGACCUUGGGGAUAGUGUUGGAUUCUUGGCUGGUAGUUUGUGUGAAGUCUUGCCUUUAUGGGGUGCUCUUCUUGUUGGUGCUGUGCAGAACUUUGUUGGGUAUGGUUGGGUUUGGCUCAUCGUUACAGGUCGAGCUCCAACUUUGCCAUUGUGGGCUAUGUGCAUUCUUAUAUUUGUUGGAACAAAUGGUGAGACCUACUUUAAUACAGCAGCACUAGUCUCAUGUGUGCAAAACUUCCCCAAAAACCGGGGUCCUGUGGUGGGAAUACUGAAGGGCUUUGCUGGGUUGGGGGGUGCGAUUCUGACUCAGAUAUAUGCGGUAAUGCAUACCCCCAAUCAUGCUUCACUCAUAUUUAUGGUUGCAGUAGGGCCAACAAUGGUGAUUAUCGCACUUAUGUUCAUUGUCAGGCCUGUUGGAGGUCACAGGCAAGUCCGCCUAUCUGAUGGGUCAAGUUUUUCAUUAAUAUAUGCUGUGUGCCUUCUUCUGGCUGCUUAUCUGAUGGGGGUUAUGCUCGUUGAAGAUCUAGUUGAUGUGAGCCACACUGUGAUCAUAAUUUUCACAGUGAUUUUAUUCAUUCUUUUAUUAAUCCCAAUUGUGAUCCCCACCUGGCUGAGUUUUUCCCCAGAGCCAAGAGAUCCAACAGAAGAGGCUCUUUUACUUGAGCCACAUAAACAAGACCCUGGAAAAUCUGUAAAUGAUGUGCAUGAGGUCAUAUUUAGUGAGUUGGAAGAUGAGAAGCCUAAGGAAGUGGACUUGCUUCCAGCUUCAGAGAGGCAAAAAAGAAUAGCACAACUUCAAACAAAACUAUUUCAAGCAGCUGCAGAAGGAGCAGUGAGGGUCAAGAGGAGAAGGGGGCCGCACAGAGGGGAAGACUUUACAUUGAUGCAAGCUUUGAUAAAGGCAGAUUUCUGGCUUAUCUUUUUCUCACUCCUAUUUGGUUCUGGAUCCGGUUUGACCGUGAUUGAUAAUCUCGGUCAGAUGAGCCAGUCUUUGGGAUAUGAUGACACACAUGUAUUUGUUUCCAUGAUCAGCAUUUGGAACUUUCUCGGCCGGAUUGGUGGCGGUUACUUCUCUGAGUUAAUUGUCAGGGACUAUGCUUAUCCAAGGCCAGCAGCCAUGGCUGUCGCCCAAGUAAUAAUGGCAGUUGGGCUUUUCUUCUUUGCUGUGGAUUGGCCUGGAGCUAUAUACAUUGGGACUCUGCUAGUCGGGCUUGGUUACGGGGCCCAUUGGGCCAUUGUGCCUGCUACUGCCUCUGAGUUAUUCGGCCUAAAGAAGUUCGGGGCGUUGUACAAUUUUCUCACUCUAGCAAACCCUGCAGGUUCACUAGUCUUCUCGGGUCUACUUGCUAGCAGUAUAUAUGACAUGGAAGCAGAGAAGCAAGCUCGGAAUCACAAUCAACAAAGCAGGGUAUCGGUUUUUUCAGGCAUUCUUAAUUUGGAUGAACCACUUAAGUGUGAAGGUGCAACAUGCUUCUUCUUGACUUGCAUAAUAAUGUCGGGGCUCUGCAUUAUUGCGUUUGUUUUAAGCAUGAUUCUUGUUUACCGGACUAAGAGUGUUUACACUCACCUCUAUGGAAAAUCUCGUACUUAA